UUCCGAAGUGUGUUUUCAUUUGUUUGCAACGCUUGGCUCUUCCCGGGGGCGGGAGGGGGAGACUUGCAUCUGGGGCAUUCUGGUGGCUCGUCACCGGGCGAGGGGUGGUGGUGAAAAAGGCCGGCCAGGCGGCCGGGGGUCUAAAUGGUGCACCUGGGAGUGCCCGUGCUGGGCGGCGUGCCGCGAGUUGUGGCAGGCUUUUCGCCAUCUUUCCUUCUCUUUUCUUCUCGCCUCAAUCCGAACGCUGUCACAUGUGGCGGGGAUGGCCUCAUUGCAGGAAGCCCCGGGGUUUCCCUUGGCGUUGGGCACGGUCGCUCAGCUCCGCGUGACUGAGGUCCUCGAGGCGAUUGAGUUCCCAUUGGUCAGAGACCCGUGCCGAGCCCGGGGCGUAAGCCACCCAGCCGAGCAUCGGGUUGAAGGUGAUGUUGGCACGCCAAUCGGCCAGGACCCGGUCUACCAGGGCCGCGGUGUGGGGCAGAUCCUGACGGAGACAUUCCAGCAGGCGCCGGACAAGGAAUGACAGAGUGCUAUGGGAGAGCCCGGUGGCCCGGGACAAGCUGCGCGCCCUGAGAGGGGGCCCGGUGAAGGUGAAACACGAGGGCAAUGCAUCCGGCAGGGGAGGAUGGGCCAGGAGCUCGGUCCAGGGCCGGUAGUGGAGCAGCUGACUGAUGGCAUGCUCGAUGACAUGCUGGAAGUCAUGGACAAGGUCGCCCACCAGCUGAUCCAAUUCGGCGCGGUAUGCCGGCAUCGGGUCGUCGGCAGGGUGCUCCGGCCGGCCAAGCUCCCGGAUGAGGGCCGCGCCGAUGCUGGCGAGGGUGUCGCCGGUGCUGGUGGCCGCGGCGUGUUCCAGGUACUGGACCGCCUGGCCGGGAGUGAGCUUGAUGGUGUUGGCUAGGAGGAGAAAAUCCAGGUGGUGCGGAAGGAGACCGAUGGCCCCGGCGCGUGCAUGUGCCAGCAGGUUGGUCGAUUCUCGGAGUAGGAUACGUGGAUCGGCAAAAAGCGAGGGCAUCGGCACAUGCAAGCAGGUGGGGGCUGCCUGGGGCUGGGGGUGGAGGCUAGCUUCGUAGAACCACCGCCAGCGAGCUUCGGCCAUGCGAUCGCCCUGCUCGAGCCAGCGGCGCGCGGCCUGGGACAUUCGCCCGGAGCGCUGCACCCGGGGGAGAACCCGGAGGACCAGCUGUGCGUUCAGGGCCUUGGGGCGCAUGGCGGAAAAGAGGUUGGACGGGCCGCCAAUGGGGUCGCCAGCGUCGUUGGUGGUUGACUUGGCCUGUGUGCCGAGGAGCAAGAGUGGCAGGCGAGCAGCCAGCACCUGGUGGACCACCGGCAUCGGAAGGCCGAGCGCCCUGACAACCUCCUCCAGGGGCAGGGUGCCGGCCAUACGGCGAAUGCUGGGAACCGUGCGGACCACAUGGGGGAAUGCCAGUGGCCGGGUGAUCCCCAUGGUCCGGAGGAGGAGGCCCAGAUCCAGGAGGCGCGGGGUGGCCGAGCCAUUGUCGACAGCACCCUCGGCGCUGCUGGGGGUGACCAGCCACUGGCGGCGGGUGUGGUCUGAAGGGGGCCACCAGGGAUCCAGCGGGGUGCGGACCUCCUCCAAGGCGCGGGAGAAGUCUUGCAAGAGUCGCGGGUUGUAAAAGCGGACAAUCGUCAGGGCCAGGCCCACGUUGAUGAUGCGGUAUUCGACUCUCCGGCGAAUGGUGGCGGUGGUCUUGGCACGGAAGUCCCAGUAGGCCUCGCGAAGGAGGGCGAUGACGCGCUGUUUGCCGGUUCCAUCGGGCGAGAAUUCCAGCCGGUUGUCAAGCAUGCGCAGGACCUCAUCAUAGAGGUGCCGGGGGAUUGGGAGGGUGGACGGCGUGGCGAGGGGGGCGGAUGGAUCCCGGGCCGUGGAGGCCAGGCCGGAGGAUUCGGCAUUGGGGUCCUGGGCCCGGGCAGGCCCGGGGUGUGUGGCUGGGCGGCCGCCACCAGGCAGCAGGCCCAGUUGGAUGGCUGGCAGCAGUGUGCCGGCCACGUACUCCUUGGGGGCCGGCGGGAGAAAGGGGUUCGGCGGCAUCAGGGGGCUGGCGGCCGGCCGGAUGGGGGUUUGCCAGCGGCCCGAGCGCUCAGUCUCACCGGCGAGGGCAGCUUCACGUGUGGCCGGUGGCGAAGGGGCACUUGCCCAGGGGGAUUCGCGUGUGUCGAGGGAGCCGGACAGGGGGGAGCCGGCGGCGGCGGCGGCGGCGGCGGCGGUAGUAGCAUUGAGGAAGCUGACCACUGUGGCGGCAUUUCGAUUGCGGCGACCGUGCACGGGCGGUGGCCGGCUGGUGGGCGCAAGCGCGGGGGUGGGUGCAGCGGUGUUGGUGUCCCGGGCAGGGUCCUUGUCAUGGCGGAGUAGCCCGAGAUAGUGGUCGUCAUCGGUGUCCUCGUCGUCGGUGGCGAAGUAGUCAAUUUCGCCAUCGGGCCCAGCCCGCAGGGCCGUGGCUGAUGUCUCCUGACGCGAGAAGAAGACCGCCAAUUUCAUGGCGAUCUCGCGCUCGAGGCGUCCGGGAUCCGAAUCGUCUAUCGAAGGGGACACCGGCGGGCUUUUUGGCGGGGCGUGUGAGGCGGUGGGGGAGGAGUCGUGGGAGGCGGUGGGAGCGGGAGCUGGGGCGGUGGCGGUGGCGGUGGC